CGGGGCCGCUCCGGCCGCGGUCAGCGAGGGGCGCGGGCCGGCCCGCGACGGCGGCGGCGGCAUGAAAGUGACCGUGUGCUUCGGGAGGACCCGGGUGGUCGUGCCGUGCGGCGACGGCCACAUGAAAGUUUUCAGCCUCAUCCAGCAAGCGGUGACCCGCUACCGGAAGGCCAUCGCCAAGGAUCCAAACUACUGGAUACAGGUGCACAGACUUGAACAUGGAGAUGGAGGAAUACUAGACCUUGAUGACACCCUCUGUGAUGUAGCAGAUGAUAAAGACAGACUGGUGGCAGUGUUUGAUGAGCAAGAUCCACAUCAUGGAGGUGACGGCACCAGUGCCAGCUCCACGGGCACCCAGAGUCCAGAGGUAUUUGGCAGUGAGCUGGGCACCAGCAGUGUCUCCGCCUUUCAGCCUUACCAAGCGACAAGCGAGAUUGAAGUGACACCUUCAGUCCUUCGUGCAAAUAUGCCUCUUCAUGUCCGACGAAGCAGUGACCCAGCUUUAAUUGGCCUUUCAACUUCCAUUAGUGAUAAUAAUUUUUCUUCUGAAGAGCCUUCGCGGAAAAACCCCACACGCUGGUCAACAACAGCUGGCUUCCUUAAGCAAAACACAGCUGCUAGCCCUAAAACCUGUGACAGGAAGAAAGAUGAAAACUACAGAAGCCUUCCACGGGAUACUAGUAACUGGUCACACCAAUUUCAGAGAGACAAUGCUCGGUCAUCUCUGAGUGCCAGUCACCCAAUGGUGGACAAGUGGCUGGAGAAGCAAGAACAGGAUGAGGAUGGGACAGAAGAAGACAACAGUCGUGUUGAACCUGUUGGACAUGCUGAUACCGGUUUGGAGAAUAUACCCAGCUUUUCUCUGGAUGAUAUGGUAAAGCUCGUACAAGUCCCCAACGAUGGAGGGCCUCUGGGAAUCCAUGUAGUGCCUUUCAGUGCUCGAGGCGGCAGAACCCUGGGGUUAUUAGUAAAACGAUUGGAGAAAGGUGGUAAAGCUGAACAAGAAAACCUUUUUCAUGAGAAUGAUUGCAUUGUCAGGAUUAAUGAUGGCGACCUUCGAAAUAGAAGAUUUGAACAAGCACAACAUAUGUUUCGCCAAGCUAUGCGUACCCCCAUCAUUUGGUUCCAUGUGGUUCCUGCAGCAAAUAAAGAGCAGUAUGAACAACUAUCCCAAAGUGAGAAGAACAAUUACUAUUCAAGCCGCUUUAGUCCGGACAGCCAGUAUAUCGAGAACAGGAGUGCGAACAGUGCAGGCCUUCAGGCCCUGCAGAGAACACCCCGACUGAACCACCCGCCCGAGCAGAUAGACCCUCAUCCCAGACUACUACCUCAGAGCACACACCCCUCCGGAAAACCGCCCUCAGCUCCAGCUCCGGCAACCCAAAAUGUAUUUAGUACCAAUGUAAGCAGUGGUUACAACACCAAAAAAAUAGGCAAGAGGCUUAACAUCCAGCUGAAGAAAGGUACAGAAGGUUUGGGAUUCAGCAUCACUUCCCGAGAUGUAACAAUAGGUGGCUCAGCUCCAAUUUAUGUGAAAAACAUCCUCCCCAGGGGGGCCGCCAUCCAGGACGGCAGACUCAAGGCAGGAGAUAGACUUAUAGAGGUAAAUGGAGUCGAUUUAGCAGGCAAAUCCCAAGAGGAAGUUGUUUCCCUGUUGAGAAGCACCAAGAUGGAAGGGACCGUGAGCCUUCUGGUCUUUCGCCAAGAAGAUGCCUUCCACCCAAGGGAACUGAAUGCAGAGCCAAGCCAGAUGCAGAUUCCAAAAGAAACGAAAGCAGAAGAUGAGGAUAUUGUUCUCACACCUGAUGGCACCAGGGAAUUUCUGACGUUUGAAGUUCCACUUAAUGAUUCAGGAUCAGCGGGUCUUGGUGUCAGUGUCAAAGGUAACCGGUCCAAAGAGAACCAUGCAGAUUUGGGAAUCUUCGUCAAGUCCAUUAUUAAUGGAGGAGCAGCAUCUAAAGAUGGAAGGCUUCGGGUGAAUGAUCAACUGAUAGCAGUGAAUGGAGAAUCCCUGUUGGGCAAGACAAACCAAGAUGCCAUGGAAACCCUCCGAAGGUCUAUGUCCACUGAAGGGAACAAGCGAGGAAUGAUCCAGCUCAUUGUUGCAAGGCGAAUAAGCAAGUGCAAUGAGCUGAAGUCACCUGGGAGCCCCUCUGGACCUGAGCUGCCCAUUGAAACAGUAUUGGAUGAUCGAGAACGAAGAAUCUCCCAUUCCCUCUACAGUGGGAUUGAGGGGCUCGAUGAAUCACCCACGAGAAAUGCUGCACUCAGUAGGAUAAUGGGUGAGUCAGGUAAAUACCAGCUGUCCCCCACAGUGAACAUGCCCCAAGAUGACACUGUCAUUAUAGAAGAUGACAGGUUGCCAGUGCUUCCUCCACAUCUCUCUGACCAGUCAUCUUCCAGCUCCCAUGAUGACGUGGGGUUUGUGACCACAGACGCUGGCGCAUGGGCUAAGGCUACAAUCAGUGAUUCAGCAGACUGCUCUUUGAGUCCAGAUGUUGAUCCAGUUCUUGCUUUUCAACGAGAAGGAUUUGGACGCCAGAGUAUGUCAGAAAAACGCACAAAGCAAUUUUCAGAUGCCAGUCAAUUGGAUUUCGUUAAAACGCGAAAAUCAAAAAGCAUGGAUUUAGGUAUAGCUGACGAGACUAAACUCAAUACAGUGGAUGACCAGAAAGCAGGUUCCCCCAGCAGAGAUGUAGGACCGUCCCUGGGUCUGAAGAAGUCAAGCUCACUAGAGAGUCUGCAGACAGCAGUCGCUGAGGUGACUUUGAAUGGGGAUAUUCCUUUCCACCGCCCACGGCCACGAAUAAUCAGAGGAAGGGGAUGCAAUGAGAGCUUCAGAGCUGCCAUUGACAAGUCUUAUGAUAAACCUGCAGUAGAUGAUGAUGAUGAAGGCAUGGAGACGUUGGAAGAAGACACAGAAGAAAGUUCAAGAUCAGGGAGAGAGUCUGUAUCCACUGCCAGUGAUCAGCCUUCUCAUUCUUUGGAGAGACACAUGAAUGGAAACCAAGAGAAAGGCGAUAAGAUGGAUAGGAGAAAAGAUAAAGCUGGAAAAGAGAAGAAGAAAGAUAGAGACAAGGAUAAAGACAAAAUGAAAGCCAAGAAGGGCAUGCUGAAGGGCUUGGGAGACAUGUUCAGGUUUGGCAAACAUCGAAAAGAUGACAAGAUUGAGAAAACGGGUAAAAUAAAAAUACAGGACUCCCUUACAUCAGAAGAGGAGAGGAUACGAAUGAAGCAGGAGCAGGAGAGGAUUCAAGCCAAAACUCGUGAAUUUAGAGAGCGACAAGCUCGAGAGCGUGACUAUGCUGAAAUCCAAGAUUUUCAUCGGACAUUGGGUUGUACUGAUGAGUUGCUGUAUGGGGGAAUGUCUUCCUACGAAGGCUCGGUGGCUCUCAACACCAGACCCCAGAGCCCAAGAGAAGGGCAUAUGAUGGAUACUCUGUAUGCCCAAGUGAAGAAGCCACGGAAUUCCAAACCUUCGUCUGUGGACAGCAACAGAUCAACUCCUAGCAACCAUGAUCGGAUACAGCGUCUACGGCAAGAAUUUCAGCAAGCAAAGCAGGAUGAAGAUGUAGAAGAUCGGCGACGUACCUAUAGCUUUGAACAACCCUGGCCCAACUCCAGAGCGGCGGCGCAGAGCGGCAGGCACUCGGUGUCGGUGGAGGUGCAGAUGCAGCGCCAGCGGCAGGAGGAGCGCGAGGGGUUCCAGCAGGCCCAGCGCCAGUACAGCUCCCUGCCCCGGCAAAGCAGGAAAAACGCCAGCUCUGUGUCCCAGGAUUCCUGGGAGCAGAACUACCCCCCUGGGGAAGGCUUCCAGAGUGCCAAGGAGAACCCCAGAUACUCCAGCUACCAGGGCUCCAGGAACGGCUAUCUGGGCGGGCACGGCUUCAACGCCAGGGUGAUGCUGGAGACCCAGGAGCUCCUUCGCCAGGAACAGAGGCGGAAAGAGCAACAGAUGAAGAAGCAGCCUCCUCCUCCCGAAGGGCUCAACAACUAUGACUCAUACAAGAAAGUCCAGGACCCCACUUACACCCCUCCCAAGGGGCCCUUCCGGCAGGACGUGCCCCCCUCCCCUUCUCAGGUCGCUAGGCUGAACAGACUCCAGACUCCUGAGAAAGGGAAACCCUUCUAUUCCUGAACAGGAGAAGAGUGGAGGCUUCAUGUCAUGCAAUAAAGGACAUUUUCUUAUGAAGACUUGUAUUUUGGGAGUUUUUUUAAAACCUUGAUGGUACUAUGGAAUUUUUCUGUUUGUUGGUAUCAGUGCCUUUAAGCAGUAUGGGCGAAGAAAUGGAAAGCCUUAAUGUCUUUGCCACUAUGUCUCAAGUGUCUAUUUCAUGGAAGGAUUUCCCACCAUCUGACAAUCAUCUGUUCGAGGCAUUCACAUGCUCUGCACCUCUCUGGAGUACCAGGAAUGUUCACCUCCCCCAUGAGAUGUCCAUGGCUUUAUGUUACACCCCCCUGCAACUUGUGACAAAUUACCUUGAAGUUGAAGGUGAUAUUGAUCCCUCCUUCUCCCCUUUCGGUUUUCUUUGAUGUGAGGCGACAUCCCAAUCUCUGGUGGAUCAAAGUGGGUGACAUACACCAGAAAUUGGGGCUUUAUGGUACUUCACAGCAGUCAUUUAUGGUACUUUGUAAUCAGUGUGGUUUUCCCUGUUCUCUCCCAGCUCCUUGCAACAGGAAAGUUCCUUCAUCCUAGUAAAGAAGCUAAGCCAUAUCCAACACUGUCUGGUUAUCAUGGGGGUCCUUUUGCAACUGCCUUAUAACUCGACAUUACCAAUAAAGCGAUCACUGUAGUCUGUGUUUAUAAAUACACUUGUUUGGUCAUGUUCCUGACACGUGUGUUGAGUCAGCGCAGCUCUGUGUGGGGGACGAGGGACAGGGAGUGACUUCUGGUCGGGGAAGAAUGGAGCCCGCCCACCGGCCCUGUGCAUAUCAUGACGUGGGAGGUGGUAGCUAAGAAAAGAAUUCUCCCAGGAUGAGCUUCUGGCCCACAACAUCCCAGUAAUUAUUUUAAUUAGUUUUCGUUUGACAGGUUGGCAGGAAGGGCAUAGAGUGAGACAAAGAUAAAUCAGACGGUCGUUUUGGGAUUCUAAAAACUCAUCGGCUUGCUACAGUUUUUAAAGUCAGUUGGAAAUCACGUUUGUUUAGCACACCCAGAUGCUGUAUCUCUGCCUGGUGAUGCCAUCCAUGCUACUAGAUAAUUCUGCCACAAAACGAAGACAGAUAAGGGAAAAGCUGUUAUAUCACCAAACAGUGGUAACAAAAGAUUGCUCUCAUGUCAAUAUUGUAAUGUGUGUGGGGGUCACAAGGACCUCGAUUGCUCCUGUGUUUUCAGCUGUCCGUCUGAACGUCAUGUGUUGUGAACCAUGGCUGGGUUGCUAAAGUGCCUGCAAAUCCCGAUGUGAAGAAAGCUUGAGAUGAAAGCUCAGCACACCAUGUAUUAACAAAAAAAGAGAAAACAAACAAAAAAAGACAUGUACCGAUAUGCCUUUUUUUUUUUUUACUGGCACAUUGUAUUUUUGUGUCCACUUGUUUUUAGAAAAUAUGUGAAGUGUCCACACGUACCUGUGUCUCUUUUGCAUUUCUGUGUAAUGGUUCUAUGUGUUCAUAAUGUGUGGCAAUGUUUAAAUGGUGUUACCAAUGUAAGCACAGUGACCUUGGAUGACAGUAGCUUUUUCUUACAGCCUUCCUUGAGCUGUGAGAAACAGCUUUCCCUGUACAUAUGAGACUUCUAAUAAAAGGCAUAUUUCUUCCUG